CUACUAUCGUGCUUACUCCCUUUCUGUCAGCGUUGUGGAACUGAAGUACUUAACGAGACGCUCCGAUCUCUUUCUGGUAGUUAUGGAUUCUGACCAAAGAUGUGUUAAUCAGAUAUAAGUGAAUACCAACAUCUAAAAAAUUGAAGCCCAUCAGCAAAGUGUGAAACCCAAGCCAGCGUAUUCCAUUUCUCUUAUAUGGAUUUUUUCUGCACAUGUGCAGACAAUUGUCCUCCACAGGGGCUUGGCAGGAUCCAGUUUCAGUCGCUUAUAGAAAAGCCCGCUACGCGCCUGACCGUAUUCCAAACCCCAGGAGUCAAAAUUCUCUCACAUAAAACUUAAACUUCUGUGAAUUCGUCUUUCCACACAGCCCGCGCAAGCAAAUCGACGUCCAAGAUGGAACCUGGCAUGGCAGAUCCGGGGUUCCCCACUAGCCCCACUGGAGCAAAUACAGCCACUGCUAGCAUGCCCGGUAUACCGGCCAUCCGUUUUGAUCCCAUCUACUUUCGUUCUAUUCCUGGAAUACUGAAGUGUGUUCAGAUGGUGUUGAACUUAGUGGGCUAUAUCUGCGUGAUGUGUUCCGUGCAAUCCGAUGCCUACACGGCCAGCUGGUUCUCCUUCGUGUCCAUGACUGGUUUCUGGGUGACGGGAAUCCUGCUUGUGCUUUACCUAAUGCAUGUACUUGAGAAGUUCCACAUGGUUCCUUGGGUUUUGCUGGAAUUGGGGUACUGUGCUUUGUGGACAUUCUUCUACUUCACGGCCUCAACAGCCUGUGCUUCCUGGGGAGGUUACUACCCGGCCUGGGCCGCUGCCGCCUUUUUCGGAUACGCAGCCAUGAUCGCAUACGGAGUGGAUGCCUUCUUUAAGUUCAAGGGUUGGCGAAGCGGCGAAAUGGCCCAGGGCGAUAGGCAGAUGCGGGCGGGAGGCCCUGAAAUGCAGUCACCAGAUGCUUACUAAGAUUUUACUUUAAUAGAUGCUUGUGUUCCAUCUUUGUUAGCUGAAUGAUGGUUGUUAAGAGACUGAAGACCAAUAAAAAGAUAUGUGAAAUAAUGUAUGUGAAUACUGAUGAGGCCGAGAAUGAUGAGUUGGUGACAAUAUUCACAAUGAUGUUGAUUUGAAUGGUAAUGAUAAUGGCAACAACAAAAUUAACAAUAAUUACAUGAUAACAGCAAUGAAAAUAAAAUACCACUAAUAAUUUUAGCAAUACCACUAAUAUGAUAAAUGAUAUUAGACCAAGUAGAAAAGUAUAAAUAGUGAAAAUAAUAAUAAGGACUAUUGCGAGCAUGUUGAUGAUGAUGAAGGUGAAGGGUUAAGACCUUGUUCAACAAUGAAGAGGAAAGAAAAUUCAUUUCAUUGUGAUUCAUUUAUUGCACAUAUCCAAAUGCAACUGUAAGUGUGUGAGUAUGUGUGUUAGUGUGUGUGCUUGUGUACGUGACUGUUGUAUAGUUAGAUAGAUCUGCAGUAGCUAAAGGGCUAUGGAUGUAAUAUAUAUACAUAUAUAUAUAUAUACAUACAUAUAUGCAUAUAUAUACAUAUAUAUCUACAUCUAUAUAUAAAUAUAUAAAUAUAUAUAUAUAUAUGUAUGUAUAUAUGUACGUGUAUGUGUGAACUUGUGUGUGCGUGUGUGUGUGUGUUUGUGCGUGCGUGUGUGCAGUAUAUGUGGUAUAUGUUUCUCUUUGUGUGUCUGUCUCGUAACAUAAUUUUAGAAGCCUCAGUGUGUAUUGAAUGAAAAUUCGUUAUCUCUAUUAAUAUCCUUGAAAAGGUAAGAUAUUUACUGAGAGAAUUCUUUGUAUGUCUUUGUUAUAUGGAAUGUGAAUGUUUAUGUUUCAAGAUGAGCCAUUUUUUCCUUUGAGCGCAUGCUCGGGAAAAAGGAAGUAUCUUGAUUGAAGGCGUAGGAAUACGCCAGCGCAGCAGUUCUCAUCAUUUUCUCACCAAACACCCCUUCUUAAAUUAGCAAACUAGUCCUCACAGCAAUGGGCCAAUGAAUAAAAAUAGUAAUUUACUCAAUUACACUGAAGGUUUACAUAAAGACUAAUCAGAUUUUCAACAGUUUUUAAGUAGAUAAGCAUUGUUGUGUAUCUGCUAUUUCGCCAUGGUCCUUGGGGUUCGUGAGCAAUAGAUUGAGAAACUCUGUUUUAGGAAAAGUUAUAGUAAAUUAGACGUAGUUAGGAGUGUGUGUACUUUUAAUGUAAAGUGAUUUACAUUUUUGAAGGCCUAGUUUGCAUUAUAGAAAGGUAUUUUGAAUAGUAAACCGUUUUGUAUUGUUAUUUGUACAAUUCUGAAAACGUAAUUACAUCAAGAUUAUUUAUUA